UGCUCAUGGAGACGAGAGAUUCACAACAGUCGUUGGCCGCCAUAAUCCCGAGUGUGGUUAGGACCGUAAAUUACUUCCUCCACCAUCCAUCCUGUUCCAUAAUAUUUCCCGAUGCAUCCACCACAUCACGUGUACUGUACUACUACUACGGUCCGCUGCAACCUAAGUGGGUCCGCGCCGCUCUUGGACCUUGCCGGGCCAGAACGACAUCCCAACCAACUACUAACCAAGUAGAAGGAGAACUGAGCGGCGGCCUCUGCUCUGCCGUCGUUGUCGCUCACUCAUGUCCGGCGCACCCUUUCUUGUCCUGAGGAUAAAAAAAUAACGCUGCAAUCACCGCCGCUGCCGACGCCGCCGCCGUCGUCGUCGUCGCUCUCUCAUGUCCGCUCCCCGGCGCCGCGUUUUACUCCUAGUAUCCACCGUGACCCCACCAUCCCAUGACGACUCGGACUCGGAGUCCCGACGGCUAACCUGCAAACCUCAUUUCACCGACUAUGGACCUCGCCCGCACCGCCGUUGCGAUGGUCAUGAUAGAUCCGGCAUCAAUCGAUGAUAGACUUGGGCCCGGGCCGGUACCUUCAAGGCACCUUCGGACAUUACAUCAAAAAUCGACUCAUUACAUUCGGACAGUAGUAGUACCUUGUCCGGCGCGCCAUAAUGAUCGUCACAAGCCACAGGCAGAAGGACCUUAUCCGGCCUCCUCCUCCUCCGAGGAAUCCGCCGCGUCGCGCCUUUCGCUUUCCAGUGGACUUUUGAGUCGACUCAAAAGUCACGAGGAAUCCGCCGCGUCUCGCCUUUCGCUUUCCAGUGGAGCUGGAGAUUUCCCGUUUCCAACUUGCACGCGUACCCGCUCGCUUUAUCCGCGAGCGAGCGGCCUCUGCCGGACUCUGCCCCAUCUCCCUUGGCCCCCGCGAAUCACGCUACUUUACCUAGUACUACUGCUUUUACCACCGCUACUAUCUCGCUCCGAUUCUUCGAGUUCUCCUGAAUACGCAGCGCACUUCCGGCGAUCUUCCGCCCUACGGGCCUACUUUCCGCACGCUGCCCCCGCGGCGGAUCAUGGCGCCCGUUGCGCUCUAUUCGCUCCCAAAUUGAUCGUGGCGCGAUACCGCGAGAGACGAUACUCAGUGAAGGUUCGAGAUCCCCCUCGGGGAACGUGGUGCCUUUUGAGUCGUCUCAAAAGUCACCGAGUACUAGAUCCCCCUCAGGGAACGUGGUGCCUUUUGAGUCGUCUCAAAAGUCACCGAGUACUAGAUCCCCCUCAGGGAACGUGGUGCCUUUUGAGUCGUCUCAAAAGUCACCGAGUACUAGAUCCCCCUCAGGGAACGUGGUGCCUUUUGAGUCGACUCAAAAGUCACCGAGUACGAGAUCCCCCUCAGGGAACGUGGUGCCUUUUGAGUCGACUCAAAAGUCACCGAGUACGAGAUCCCCCUCAGGGAACGUGGUGCCUUUUGAGUCGACUCAAAAGUCACCGAGUACGAGAUCCCCCUCAGGGAACGUGGUGCCUUUUGAGUCGACUCAAAAGUCACCGAGUACGAGAUCCCCCUCAGGGAACGUGGUGCCUUUUGAGUCGACUCAAAAGUCACCGAGUACGAGAUCCCGCUCAGGGAAAGUCAGCGCAGGUGGCGGCGGGCUCAGCAGCGCGCUCGCCGCCGGUGCUAGCGGUGGGGAGCGCGGCGAGAUUCGCGCGGCGCAGGAAGUUGGUGCGGAUGGGCGGGCGCGGGAGGAAGUGACCCUGGGGUGUCUGAUCCCGACCUACUCGCAAGACGGCACGAACAUGCUCGCAGCGAUCACCAUGGCUGUUGCUGACGUCAACAGCGACCCCACCAUCCUGCCACGUCAGCGCAUCCGCCUAGUCAUCGGCAACAUCAGUGCCAGCUCGCCGUCCACGCUCAGCCAGCUGGCAGCCAUAGCAACAGUGCAGCAGCGGCCAGUGGCAGUCAUAGGCCCGGGUACUUCCGACCAAGCAGCGCUAGUCAGCCCGCUUGCUACUGCCACUCAAACCCCCUUUGUGUCGGCGGCAGCAACAGACGUGCAGCUGACGGUGGGAGGCACCCGGCCCUACUUCAUGAGGACCAUUCCCAAUGAUGGCGUCAACAUGCAGGCCAUUGCAGCGCUGCUCCUCAAGUACAAGUGGAGGGAGUUCGUUGCAGUCUAUACUGACAAUCGUUUCGGCCGCAACGGUAUCACUGCGCUAAUGUCGUACCUCCUCGCGAGCAAGGCUUGGAAUGUGCGCAUCGCUCAAAGGGUACCUGUCAAGUCCACGUGGACAGCUGAUGACGUGGCGCAGGCUCUGGCUGCCAGCAAGGUGGUGGAUUCUGCCGUCUAUGUGCUGCACGCCUCCUCUACCAUGUCUGCUCUCAUACUCGAUACAGCCAGCAGGCUGGGCAUGAUAGGGAAGAACUACGUGUGGAUAGCAUCGGAAGGGGCUGCUCAGGCCAACACGUCCACGCUGCAGCAUGCAGAGGGCCUUAUAAUCACAGCCUCCUACCUCCCCCCGUCGCCUCGCCUGGCGGCCUUCAAGCAGCGGUGGAAGCAGCUCAGCCCAGAGCAGUUCCCAGGGGCGGCUGAGGAGGACCCCAAGACCUACAGCCUCGCGGCCUAUGAUGCCGUUUAUCUCAUCUCCCUAGCUCUACACUCUUUACUCGUUAAAAGCGUCUCUCAGCUGCCAAGUGCCAGCGCCUUUCACCUGCCGUCGGAAACAGCCGCCAGUGGAAUGAGUGCGAUUGCUGCACCUGCAGCGUCUGCUGCUGCUGCUGCUGCACCUGCGGAAUCUGCUGCUGCUGCUGCGGCAGCACCUGUUGCUGCUGCUGAGGCAUCUGCUGCUGCAGCAGCAGCAGGGGGAGCGCAGCCGUUGGUUCUGCCGGUGGGAGCAGGGCAGGGCGGGGAGGGCGAUGGGGGCUCAUUCCACUUCUGCACAACCUGCAUCGCAGCUCCAUUGGGCCUGUCCUCCGCAAAGCCAUUCUCAACACUUCCUUCGAAGGCCUCACUGGAAGAAUCUCCCUUGCAGCGCAUGGCGAUGUGCAGGCAGAGGCAACGGAGGUGCUCAACGUGCGCAAUGCUACAGCGCAGCGAGUUGGCUUCUGGACCCCUGCCUGGCAGCUCACGCCCUCGCUCAAGCCCCCCUCCGAGGACAAGGAGGAACCACUCGGCAUUGUCUUCCCUGGUGGGCUCGCAGUAGUGAGUGUUGCCUUCGCUGGUG